AAUCCUUAGCAUGAGACACAACUGCGCGGAUCCUUGGUGUGACAUAAAGCAACAGGGGGCCACAAGGGUGUUGGCAUACCUACAUGGAAAUGUAGAUUAUAUACAUUUUUCGUGUACCGAUGGUUAUAACUGCAGCAAGUAUCAUCAUAUACACAACAAAUUUGAAAAUAGUGGGGUGCUAUUUGUUCGCAAUACAUUUCGGAAAUAUUUGGUGUAUAAAUUUAUAUAAGUGCACGUUUGCUUGCAUAAGAAAAAUAAUUGUGAAAAAUUGUUAGUAACACAGCAAUUUGUUCAAACGUACCUAUCAUGAUGAUACCUGCACUAGAGAAUGAUCACAAUUACGCACGUGAAGAAAAAUCGUCAAAAACGAAACGUAUUGAGUCCACAGAGUCUCGAUGUUCCACCCCGAUUUUUGAUCACUACGUUGUUUCACAUUCAAUGCCUUGGUUCUUCGGGGAAAACAAGCCAAGGGAAAGUGAAACAGAAGCAGGAUACAGGGAUUGGAAGCGGCGUCUGCAUCGGCAAAAUCUCAGGAACUUCAAGAUCCGCGGACUGGAUAAACUAACCAUAGACGACAUAGUGCGUGAAAAUAACGGGGAACCAACAAACUGUUCAAUGAUAUCCGGGCACUUCAGACUAAAAGGCACCCCCAUAAGCGGAAGAACCAUCGUGAGGCCAACGCCUGUUCGUGAAAUGUGGUUUCCGACAGCUUCACCCGGUAUCUGCUCUCCUGGUGUGAUCUACAAUCAUUACCAAAACUCGGCGCCCAUUCCGAUCCCACACCCACAACCCAAGCCGGAACCGAACUUCACCCCGUCAACUUCGGCCUUUUUCAACGCCGCCGCUGGGAACUGUAUUUUGCCAAAUUUUAAUGAGGCAUUUCCAAACAGGUGUAACUACCCCGGGUACAUGAAUCAGUACCCGGUCAACCAUGAUCCCCGAAAACUGCCGUUUGUAGGACCCGUCUCGAAACCUGUAUUAAUGUGCAAUGACGUUUACUUGCCGCCGAUUUCAAUCCCCCAACCGAUGGGGAGACAUUUAUACUAUCAGAACGAACCACCAGCACCAACUCCGACUACCGGUUAUUACAAUGCUCCAACAAACCAAGCCAACUAGCGCCGCAAGUUCCCUUUCAUGAUGGGGCCAAGUACUUAUUUAAACUGUAUAAAUAAUUACGCGUAAGCAAGGUAUGUUAUAUACAGUUUUUGUACUUUCGAAAAGUCUAAGAGGACGAAAUUUGCUUCUUGUCAUUUGAAAUUAUGUGUGAUUGUAACGUUUCUGUUAUGGAUGGAUAUCGAGGUAUCAGUGUACGGGUAAUUCAAUUUUAGUCAAAAUUGUGAUCAAUUUAUCGAUGGUUACUGAUUCAGUACCUCUACAUGUCAUUUUGUACUUACUAACUACUAACAAGAAAUGUGAUGUGUUUUGUAACGAUUUAUACCUAGGAUUGUUGUAAUCCGUUGAAUUUAUCG